AUGAAGCUACAGCCAUGGCCAAUCCGAGUAUGGACGCAACUCCCUCGUUCAUCCCUCUAUUGUAAACCCAGAUCAAGUGUCCGAAACCUUUCCGCUUCUUCACACCCUCAGUACCGACCACUCGACAUCCUCGAAAAUGCCACCCUGGAUACCUUCCAACAGCGAUGCUUCCUCCCCGAACAACCGGCAAUUUUUCCACGCUCUACCUUCCAAGACCUUCCAGCUCUGAGACAAUGGUUCAGACGCGCGAGUCAGGAGUCAACACAAGGCACCUCGAACCCCGUCGCAAGCCUGAACGUGGAAUAUCUCCACAAACACGGCACCGACGCGUUGGUCCCAUUGGAGCUUACGGAAUCCACAUCGACAGACACUACAUCCGAAUCUGACGGCAGGGCAACAGAGAUACAUAGCUUCCGGCAGUUUCGCGCGCCGCUCACGCUGUUCCUCAACUGGAUGCGCACGGCCGAGUCCACGUCCCAAUCAACGCGGCUCUACCUAGCCCAGUGCCAGCUCCUCGACCUCCCUCCUGUGCUUCGAGAUGAUUUUCCGACGCCGGAUCUUGUGGCGCGCGCGGGCAAGGGCGAUGUAUACGAUACGAAUGUGUGGAUUGGACACCCGCCCACUUAUACGCCACUCCACCGCGACCCGAACCCGAACUUGUUUGUCCAGCUGGCCGGGGAGAAGGUUGUGCGACUGCUUGCGCCGGCGGAUGGACAAGCUGUGUUUGGGGCUGUGAGGAGGCAACUGGGGAAGAGUGGGAGUCGGGAGGCAGCAGCUUUCCGGGGCGAGGAGAUGAUGCAGGGGAUGGAGAGGGUGUUGUUAGAUGAGAUGGUUUGGGGGACUCCGGUGUCUGCUGGUUCGGAUACUGGGCCUGGCUUUGAAGCGUGUCUUGGGCCCGGUGAUGGGUUGUUCAUUCCCAAGGGGUGGUGGCAUAGUAUUAAGGGUGUUGGUAGAGGUGUUACAGCUUCGGUUAUCUACCGCGCCGCUCUCCUCCACCUAUCUGUCAACCCCUUCGUGCGCGCUUCAAUUCCGGCUGGUACUACUACCUGGACAUCCCUCAACGCGGCAAACCAAGCACCAAACACCCGGCUUUACAGCAUCGUCUUCCCGCAGUGCAAAACCACCUUCAAAGCAUCAGACUGCACGCGCCAGGCACGCACAAUGUGUGACUCGAGUUCAAACUCAGACUCCGCAGCCGCUGCAUCCUCAGAACCUGCAACCCAAAAUGCAGACACCCAAAGCCAAGAGACCCAAGAACAAGAACCCCAACCCCAAAAGAACCUCUACCUCCCUGCCAGCGACCCCUCAAAUCCCAUCGCAAACCAACAAGGCGAAGGUGGCAUUAAAAUCGACAUGAGCGGAGGCGGGACGGAGGUGAAAUUGGAUCAUCUGGGUCCGAUGGUUGUUAAUGUGGACGGGACGUUGUCGCAGAUCGGGAACUGGCAGCAGAUGACAGAGAUUGAAAAGACUAAUACUCUGCGCGUUCUUGGGAAGCGGAAUCAGAAGCGAUUGGAGGCUCUGAGGGCGAAGGAGAAGGCGGAGGGAGGGUCGGGUGAAGCUUGA